UAACACCAAUCACAGCUUAAAAAAACCUUAUCUUCUCUACAAUAACUUUUUCAUUCCAAGUCAUACCACCUCUCUCUUUCUACUUUCUCCGUCUAGAUUUGAGCUGAAUUUCCACUGUAACAGACGAGAUUUUGAUGGCUCAAUCUUUCCCGGAGGAUGUACUGGAGCACGUAUUCUCGUUUUUGAACCACGACAGGGACCGGAAUGCGGUUUCUUUGGUGUGCAAGUCGUGGUACGAUAUUGAGAGGUUGAGUCGAAGGAGGAUUUUCAUCGGAAACUGCUAUGCGGUGAGUCCGGAGAUCGUGAUCCGGAGGUUUCCAGAUGUGAGAGCGGUGGAGUUGAAGGGGAAGCCGCAUUUUGCCGACUUCAAUUUGGUGCCGGAAGGAUGGGGUGGAUAUGUGUACCCCUGGGUUGUUUCCAUGGCUGGGGCUUACCCCUGGCUUGAGGAAAUCAAGCUGAAGAGGAUGGUGGUGACUGAUGAGAACUUGGAGCUGAUAUCCAAGUCGUUUAAGAAUUUUACAGUGCUGGUGCUCUUGUCUUGUGAAGGUUUCACCACUGACGGACUCGCAUAUAUUGCUGCCAAUUGCAGGGUGCUGGAUUACAUUGAAGACGUGGGUCUUGAGGCCCUUGCUGCUGCUUGUAAGGAUUUGCAGGAACUUAGGGUGUUUCCUUCAGAUCCUUAUGAUGCAGAAGGAAAUGUAACUUUGACGGAACAAGGGCUUGUUGCUGUCUCAGAGGGUUGCCCCAAGCUCCAGUCUGUUCUAUACUUCUGCCGCCAGAUGUCAAAUGCGGCAUUAGUUGCUAUUGCAAGGAAUCGUCCUAACAUGAUCCGCUUCCGACUAUGUAUUAUUGAGCCUCGAGCUCCUGAUUACCUAACCCUCGAACCGCUUGAUGCUGGCUUUGGUGCCAUUGUAGAGAACUGUAAGGAAUUGCUGCGGCUUUCCAUGUCCGGCCUCCUCACUGAUCGGGUUUUCGAAUAUAUUGGGACCCAUGCCAAGAAGUUGGAGAUGCUGUCUAUAGCUUUUGCUGGGGAUAGUGACUUGGGCCUCCAUCACGUGUUGUCUGGGUGCGAAAGCCUACGAAAACUGGAAAUUAGGGACUGUCCAUUUGGGGACAAGGCUCUCUUGGCCAAUGCUACAAAGCUGGAGACAAUGCGAUCCCUUUGGAUGUCUUCUUGUUCAGUGAGUUUUGGAGCUUGCAAAUUGCUAGGUCAGAAGAUGCCCAGGCUCAAUGUCGAAGUGAUUAAUGAGAGAGGACCCCCUGAUUCAGGGCCAGAAGACUGUCCUGUUGAGAAACUUUAUGUAUACAGAACGAUUGCAGGACCUAGGGUGGACAUGCCUGGUUUUGUUUGGACAAUGGAUGAACGCGUGUCCUCAAGGUUUUCUCGAGCAACAGAAGGACACGGUGAUUGAAAAUCCCAUGCAGCGUACCAGUUAGAUGCUCUAUGAGCUUAUAAUCAUUCUACAUUUACUUCUGCUACGCCUUAUCUGAUAGCAGUGUGGUGGAAGGUGAACAAGCCAAUUCAGGGUUUUGAUGGUCGAAUGCCAUCUGUUUUACACUUGGCUGAGCUAUUCAUUGCAAUCAGUUAAUCAAUAAAGAGGUGAAUCUCAUGUUAAUGCUGCACUUACCAGUUACCACGAGGAACCAUUUGUUUUUGACAGUUAUUAUGCAUACCAUGUGCGAACUUGUUCGGAUUUAUAUUCUUUAGAACGAGUAAUACUCACAUGCCUUAUAAGAUUUUUUGGGCAAUAAACAGUAGAUUGUCGUGCACAAAAAUAUAGUGGCGUUUGUGAUUCCCCACAUCUUGAACCGAUCGGUGCGGUUGAGGAAGAGACUCCCCUCGAAAUUCAUCUACUUACAGCCGGGCGGCUCAAAGAGGAUACCGUGGAAAACCUCUUACCAGAUUGGCAAGUUCAAAGAUUUUCUACAGUGAUCCCGGUGUGUUGAUUAUCUGCCAAUCCUACUUCCUGAAAAUUUAUUGUGCUUUAGAUUUCUGUCUGACAUUUAUGCCCCAAGUAUUGUUAGAUUCUGGCUUAUGUAUUCCACUCUUGGUAUUAGUAAACAUCAAUCCCUCUACACGGAAAUCACAAAAUACUGUGAUAUCGUGUUCUUUUUGGUAAGAUUUUGUAGAUGAUUUUAAAAUGGUUUUUCUUUCUUGUUCCAUGUUCUGCUCGUUUUGUACUUUUUUCCUUUCCUCAUUGAGGUAAUGCUAAAUAAUGCGCAUUACGACA